GUCGGUCUGCACACACAUUUCAAAAAUCUUCAAACGCCUUUCAACUAGUCCGCAAAAAAAGUGAAAAUGGAAGUGUUUACCUUUGAGAAAUCCUUUCUGGAGCGUUUGAAGGAAGCGGAGGCGGUACUCAAGUGGGAGGGAGCCGUGAUGCCCGCCUCUCAGGUGCGAUCCGAGUGGAAAUCCUAUGUAGAGCUGCAGAUAGAGCCAGCAGGUUGGCAGGCGAUUUGGAAAAUACCGCGCGUGAUUUGCGAGGAUCUUAAACUCCGGUAUCCCACCAUUGUUUACGGCUACGUGGAACAGGUGAUCUUCGAGGAGCUGAAAGCGGUCUUUGUUGUGACCGCCGUGCAGGACAACGAUGUCCACCUGCCGGAGAGCAACGAGGUGUCCCUGGUGGAACUGUGGCCCACGGUGGAGCAGGAGAACUCCGCCCUCAAUGUGGACACCACGGCUGACUGCAUCGAUCGGCUGAGGUUCUUCUAUACCAAUGUGUGGAUGCCAUGGGACAAGGACUACGACGAUGAUCGCGACUGGGUGCAGCAGCAUCUGCAGGCUCGCAUUCAGCUCGUGUGCGAUCUCAGCAAGAAUCGGCUACCCCGUCCACUGGCCGUGCACAUGCGCACCCUGCUGACCGAAGCCAGUUACAUCCAGCAGCGCCUGGACUUCCUGGAGCUGGAUCUCAGCGAUGCCGAGAGUGACGACGAGGCCGUCGAACUCAAUGACAAUGCGGCCGAGCCGGCCAGGAAGCAGUCCAAAACAGGCAACGCCAAUGGCAGCCUCAAUGUGUCCAGUUUGCCGGUGACGGAUCUGAUGUGCCUGCACCUGCGCAUGGCCAUCAUCAGGAGCGAGUUCGAGAUCCUUGAGAACCCAGAGAUGAGGAGGGCUUACAGUGAGCUGCAGUCGAACAGCUUGAAGCGACUUCGCAACUCAUCGGGGAGGACCAAACAAUCGGAGGAUCUCCUGGUGGAGCGGGCUCCCAUUAGCCAUGUGGUUACCGUUCCGGGGAAACUGCAGCAGCAGCUGGAUCUGCUGAAGCUGGCCCAGUCGCUGGUCGAGCCGGAAGCGCAGGUGCAGUUGGCCAACACGCUGCAGGAUGUGUUGAGCAUCUGCCAGAGCCACGAUCAUAUACUCCUCUCGCCCGGCGAGCACACCAUCAAGUUCUUGGAACACCUCAACGACAAUGGCAGCCUGAGUGGCCUGAUCCAGCCGGAAGCUAUACUAGCUCCGGGUCCAGACCUCUUCAAGCUGCCUGUGGUGUCCUCCAGUGACGAGGACAGCACCCUGCUGGUAAUUGAUGGCGACUAUAGCCUGUCGCAGCUGGUCCUGGACUGUCGCCACGUCCGUCGGGGAAUUCUGCUGCGCAAUGGCACCUUGACAAUGCGCGGAUGCCGCCUGCUGGGCGAUGGCAACUCCAGCACCCAGGAGGGCAUCGUCUGCAUGCCAGGCGCCAACGUGGAACUCAAAAGCUGCCUCAUCGAGAACUUUGCCGUCGGCAUUUCGAUGCGAUCGAGAUCUAGCGCCGAGUUGGGCAGUGUCCAGUUGAAAAACUGCAAGACAGGACUGGAACUGCUGGAGAAGACGGUUUCGCUGAAUCUGCAGGGCAGCAAAUGCAGCUUCGACGGCUGCAAGCUGGGAAUCUUGGCAGAUGGCUUGCCCUUGGGCAAGGAAAGAACGGAAAAGACAAUAAUACUGAAACAAUUUAGCGAACUGCAGAGAUACAAUGAGGACAACUUGCUUGGUAAUUGCAGCUUCAACAAUUGCUCGAGAAAUGUACGCGUUUUCAACGAAUCUGAACAACUGCUGGCUCAACGCUCGCAUCAGCGACUUUUAGAGGAGGAACUCGGUGGCGAAAAUAAGGAAAACAUUCAAAUGGUCUAGCGGUGUCAUAUGCAUUUUAACAACUAACUCUUUUUCCCCAUUAAUAGGCAACAACUUGAUAAAAAAAAAUAUAAAAUUAGCGCUAACAGAAA